AUGGGCAAUAAGGGUAAGGGCAAAGGCAAUAAGCUGGUCAAAAUGUCGGAGGAGGAACGUGCCCGAUAUUUGCAGAUGCGUGCCGACAUGGAGGAGGAAACGAGGCGGCGCAAACUCAUUGCGCUCUACAUGAAGAACAAACUGAAGCGAGAGGAUGCCUUUUGCCGCUUAAACAUGGCCAAGAUCAAUCAGGAAUGGCGCUCGAUAUUGCGUCAGGUGAAGAUACAGGAUUUGCGUAGUGAAAUAGUCGAUGUGGAGCUGUUCUUCAAGGAGGCGCUGAAGCGCAAGGAUCAGGUCAUACAGCGUCUCAUUAGCGACAUUAAUUCCACAGAGGAAAUGUACGCAAAUCUGCAGCAAUCACACAUGGAGAACAUUGAUAGAAUCAUUGGCAUUUACCGGAGCCGCGUAGAGUUCUUCCGGUGCAUCUAUGAGGACGAUAAGCAGGCGGUGCUCAGGGAAUGGGAAAAGGAUUCAAAUAUAUUUAGGAGCAUGCAGUCGGAGCAACAGCAGCAACUCGAAUGCGUUUUCUAUCAGCUGGAGGAGACUAAGGAUAAGCAGGUCAAGGACAAUCAUGAGCGUUAUCUCGAUCGUGUCGAGGAUAUGAAGAGAGGCAUCUAUGUGCGGCAUCUACAUCUUCGCAACUGCCAUGCUGGACCUAAAGCUUUAGUGGCACUCAUUCGAUUGGAAUAUUGGAUCGUAAACGAAGACUUGGCACGUCGCAUCGUGCGCACCUGCAUGGCGUGUGUUCAGUACAAGCCAAAAUUGGAAAGGCAGCUUAUGGGAUCGCUGCCAGUGGAGCGCCUUCGACCGGGACACCCAUUUCAACGCUGUGGUAUCGACUUCUGUGGGCCAAUAAAUACGUAUGCUCGCAUACGAGGAAAGGGUCCCACAAAAUCUUACUUGGCCGUAUUCAUUUGUUUGGCAUCCAAGGCGGUGCACAUCGAAGUGGUCUCUCAAUUAUCCACGGAGGCAUUCUUAGCUGCACUCAAACGAAUGGUUGCUCGGCGAGCGCUGCCCACUGACAUCUAUUGUGAUAAUGGAACUAACUUCGUGGGUGCAGCAAGUCAGCUAAAGGUUUUGAAACAAUUUUUGUUUGAUCAAUCUACUCAAGACGCAAUAUCAGAGUAUUGUGCUUCGGAUUUCGUGUCGUUUCAUUUUAUUCCGCCCAGGGCACCCCGCUUUGGCGGACUCUGGGAAGCAGCAGUUAAGAGCGCUAAGGGGCUGCUGCACAAGACGCUAUCGAACACUCGCCUAACAUUUGAGGAGCUCUGUGCAAUCACAACAGAGAUCGAAACUGUCCUCAAUUCUCGCCGAUUGUCACCUAUGUCGCCUGAUCCCAACGAUCUAUCAGCAAUCACCCCAGGACACUUGUUAGUUGGAAAAUCUCUUCGGGCGCUUCCUGAACACACAAUAGCAACGCCUCAUCUCAACAAUUUGGAGCGGUUUGACGUGAUAACCGCUGCUAAACAGCAAUUUUGGCGUCGUUGGUCAUCAGAUUAUAUUUAUGAGCUUCGUGCUCGAACCAAAUGGACAUCAUCGUCAUCAAAUCUCGCUAUUGGAACCAUGGUCAUAAUCCAUGACGACAAUCUUCCACCUCAGCAAUGGAAGCUCGGCCGCAUCGAAUCACUUGUGCCUGGAAGGGAUGGUCAUGUUCGAGUUGUUCAUCUUCGUACAGCCAAUGGCAUCUGCUGCCAACCAUUACACAAAUUGGCCAUCUUACCGAUGGAGGCUUGA